AGGUUCUGCAGUCUUAUCGGGGUCUGUAGGUUCUGCAGGGUCUGUAGGUUCUGCAGGGUCUGGAGCAGUGGAUCUUGGUGUCUCUGUGGAUCAGGCUCAUUCAGCAGCCAAAGACCCAUUGGCUUCAUCUCACACAGAAAUGAGCGGCCCUUAUGGAGUCCACUCAGAGUCCAAUGGAAAUGGACAGAAGCUGCUGAACGGAGGAGGAGGCGGAGCUGGAGUGGACAGUCAGACAGGGGAUUUAGGUUCAUUAGGAGGUGAAGUUUCUCACCUGGAUUAUACAGGAGUCGUAGAUCCAUCCAGCCAUGACUACCUGCACGGCCUUAUGGGUGGGGGUCUGACGGAUCCUUUCAGCGCCGCCGGCCACGUUCCAGGUCACAUGACCCCACCAACGCACCUGGACCUCUCAGUGGUGGGUUCUGGUGUGACAGCAGCUGCAGAGCAGAACCUUCUGGACUCAGUUGGAGGAACUGCCAUCUCCUCCAAAGACGUCGCUCAUCAAUCUGCCGGCAGCACCGACCAAUCAGGAGCCGGCGGCGCUGCGCUGAGUUCAGGAUUCGACCAGUCGCUGUCCAGCUCUUUGUCAGGUUCCUCUGCAGUUUCCUCCUCAUCCUCAGCAGGCAGUGCGGCUCACAGAGAGCAGACAGAUGGAGCAGAUUCACCGGACGCUAUCGGAAAUGGUCGACAGACUCUGCUCACAGACAGAGCUGUAACGGAGAGGCUGGUGUCCGUCAGCGAUCUUCAGACUCUGCAAACUGACCUCACAGGUGGUACAGAGUCUGUGACCCGUCUUCACCACGACCUCACAGCCACUGCUCUUGAAUUUGGCCGUGACGUCACAGAGAGGUCGCCCAUCACUGCCAACACAGAAUCUGCAGACAGCGUCACGAACACACUGAGCCCAGUUUCAGGUGUUUACUCCAAAACAGACCUGGUUACCAUGACAGCAGACUCCACAGGAACAAUUCCAGGCUAA